UCCACUUCGUCUGCUACAGAUCUCCACAACAAAGAUCGAGGAUUUGAUGGCAUUUUCACUGGAAAGGAGGGAAGGAAAUGUUGUAAUUCCAUUGCUUUUGUACAGUAGCUUAAGUACUCAAGCAUAAUUUUGAUUACGUUGCAUGGCCGUUUGUGAGGCCAUUCGUCAUGUUGACUUUUUCAUUUCUGUGGUCAAAGAAGGUGAGGUACGUUUUGUUAAAGGCAGCUCUGAUCUAUGGUGUCACUUUUGUCAUCGUACUCCCCCUGCUUUGUCGAAAUCUGCCUUACUCUAAAUACUUCAGCAGUCCCGUUGACAUCCACAAGAAAGUUUAUGAAUACAACCAGCGCAGAAUCAAACAAGCAGAAGAUUAUCUAUCAAAGGUAGAUUUGGAGAAUGUGAGGAAACGUGUGUCACCGAGGACAGCGAGAUUGCAGUUGGCCAUUGGCGUCGUAAGCGUAGAGAGACAGAAGAAAAAGUCUAAGACGGUUGGAACGCAGUACCUCACGCAGGUUAUGGCGCGUUUGCAUGAGGCGAUUAGGACUCAUGGCGUCCAAGAUAAGACGUUUAUGUUCAUCUGCAAUGUCGAGAAGAAUGGCGUCGAACAUAAAGAAGCCGAUUAUCUUUCAAAAUAUUUCCAUGUGAGACGGUUUCCACGGAAUCGGACUCGACAUGAGAAGAUGAGCAAAGAACGCGAGAAAGAGAAUUACGCAUUUUGCCUUGAAUCUGCGGCCACCUUCAAAGCUGACUACGUCUUACUGCUCCAAGAUGAUGCUUUGCCACAUUCAAACUUCUAUGAAGUCUUGGACUAUCUCCUUAAAAAUAAACUAGAGAGGAAAACAUUACAAGGACAAUACACGCACGGCGAGAAUGACUGGGUGUGGAUGAAACUGAACUUUCCAGACAAUUUAGCAGACUUUCACCGGAGCCCGUACUUUGCCUAUGAGUGGAUCGCACUCUCCCUCACCGGGGCUUCGGUUUUAUCCCUAAUUUACCACCUUACCACGGGUCACGAAACAUUCCCAACAAAGUCACGGAAACUUGCCUUAGUUCUAAACAUUGUCUUCAUUCUAAGUUUCUGCUACUUCUUCUUGGCCUUUUGGCUCAUUGGUCGGCCUUAUUUCCUUCGUCUUUACGGCCUUUCAAAACACUUCACCAAGUUAACACCAGGUACUUCCUGCUGCCUUCCUGCAGUUGUGUUUCCCCGAAUUCAGAUUCAGGGGCUGGUGGAUUACUUAAACACAAUCAGGUGUACUCCGAUGGUUCCCCUAGACUUUGCCUUGGAUGCUUAUCGUGAAAAGACCAAACUCAAGCAGUACCUUGCCGUUCCAAACCUCUUCUCACAUAUCGGUUAUUUUUCAGCGUUACAUCAGGGUGUGAAUAGUCAGGACGCUUAUGCCUUCCUCAUUGAAUGAUGAGACUCAAACACUGGUCAGACUGCAUAAUUUUAAUGUAUGUGUCAAGUCACGGAAGAAGUGAGUUUGUGUCGCUUGGCAACUGUUGCCUUAUAUUUACCUCUGCUGUUGUGGUCAUUUUGUAUUUUUAAUAUUAAAUCAUGCACUCAGUUUAACUCAUGAUCAAUAUAAUGCCUUGUAAUUGCAACAUUUUAAAUAUAUAUAAAUUUAGGGAUUUUCUCCCAAGGUGUCAUUUAUACUUUAGUGUUUGACACUUUGUGACCAUUGAAAUGUUAAUUAUCUCCACAGAGGGUGCACUAUGAACAUGUAUCAGUGAUUUAACUCUGAUUAAAAGGGGAAAAGAAACCACCACAAUUCUUCAAUUAAGUGGUUGGUUUAUCUCUUGCUACUUUAACUUACAAAUAUUACAGUAGGUAGGUGAUAAGAUUGUGCCUUUGAUGAGACAAUCAUGUAAUUUGGCACAGUUUAAUAUCAUUAUCUCAAUGUCCUACUUUUACGUUACGGGGGCGGAGGGGGUCAUGCGAGUGCUAGGGUUGUCGUUUCUUUUUCCAGUGCAAAUACACAGAUAAUGGUAAAGUAAUAUUUUAUUUGGAAUCAGUAGGGCUUGUUUUAUAAAGUGUAUGUGUUUCCGUCCCUCAAAGCUAUCAUUUUCCAUGCACUUUAAGUCUCAGGCCUUGAACUUCGGUCUUGAAGGGCCACAGCAAUGUUCCUUUGGUAAAGGGGCACUUCUAUGAGGGAAAACCUAUUAGAACUUUGCAAAGGGCACCAUAAGAUUUAUCAUGAAUAGCAAAAU